AUGGACCCGCGCAACGACCCGUCAAUGACGACCAGUAAGGACGCCGAUGUGGCUUCGAAAGACGUCGCCGGCUCUUCAGAAGAUGCGAGUAAUGCGCCUGUUGUCCAGCCAGUCCGGGAGGACUACGAUGUCGAGACAGUAGAGCGCAUCUACAGAAAACUCGACCUCAGGAUUAUCCCAGCGUUCUGGAUUCUGUAUUUUCUCUGCUCAGCAAUUCGCUCCAAUAUCGGCAUCGCCCAGACUAUGAACAAGAAAGAUGGCCACGACCUCAUGACUCUCCUGGGCCUCACCCCCAAGGAUGUGUCGACCGCCCUCGCUCUCUUCUACGUCUCAUAUGUCAUAUUCGACUUCCCCUCGAAUCUCAUUAUGAGCAAGCUGAGCCCCCGAGCCUGGAUGGCCCGCAUUGUCUUCGCCACGGGUCUCGUUGGUGCCUGCUUUGCUGCCGUCCAAGAUGCAUGGAGCGUGAAGCUUUUGCGAUUUCUGCUGGGCAUGGUCAUCGCAGGCAUGUGGCCCGGCAUGGCUUUCUACCUGACGCUCUUCUAUCCGCCGUCCCGUACGGGCAAGCGCAUCGGCAUGUACUUCACUGCCGCACAGGUCUCGGCCGCCGUGGUUGGUCUCGUGUCCGCCGGCUUCCAGCUCAUGGAUGGCGCCGGGGGGCUUGCCGGCUUUCGCUGGAUGUUCCUCAUCUAUGGCCUGGUUGCGAUUGUCCUGAGCUUCAUUCUUCUGUGGUGGCUACCGGAUCGCCCUCUUGCUCCUGGGCAGGUGAGGACGCGCCCCAGGUUGCUCAGGUGGUUGCCCGCGACGCCCGAAGCCCUGACGGGCGAGGACGCCGUUAUCCACUAUCACGACCUCCGCCGUGUCUACCACAGUAGGCCCUGGACUCUGCGGGACCUUACGCUCGUCUUGCUGGACUGGCGACUUUGGCCUCUGACGCUGAUGUACUUCGGCGUGGUUGGUGUCGGCAUUGGCACCCAACUCUAUGGCUCCGUGAUCAUCGCAGCAAUUCAGCCACAGGCGACUUCCAUUCAAGUCAGCCUUCUCUUCGCGCCAAUUUGGAUUAUGGACCUCAUUGCCAUUCUUAUCGUCACGCCAAUCUCUGACCGCUUCCAUCGCUACCGAGCCUUCUUUUUCGCGGGCGCGGCCUGCAUCCAGAUUGCUGGCCUUCUGACGACCACGUUCGCCCUUGACAACGGCUGGGCCCGCUAUGGAGGCCUUCUGAUGGUGGGAUUUGGCCUGGGACCUACCGUGCCGAUUUGCAUGGCCUGGAGUUCAGAAAUCUUCCAGCGUCGACACGGCGAGGUCGGAGUCGCAGCCGCCACUGCUUUGGUGUCAGGACUGGGCAACCUCGGAAGUGUCACGACAACUUACGCACUAUACACCGGAUGGCCCGAAGAUGCCGCGAGUGGGCCGCAUCAAUUCCGCAAAAGCAAUCUGACGAUGGUGGGCAUCCUAUGCGUCAGUAUUGCGAGUGCCUUUGCCAUGAUGGUGCUGUUGAAGGUCUUUGGAAACCCGCCCAGCACAAAGCUUUACGACAACGACUCGGCAAGUGAGUUCGAGGAUGGAGCCGCGAGACGCGAGACGCGACAACGCGGCUUCGGUAGGUUCGGUCGCCGUCCGGCGCACCAAGCCUAG